AUGAGUACAGGCAGCCGCUUUUGCAAGAAGAGCUCUCGAGUCGUUCAGCAGCCAACAGUUCAACAUUCCCUCUGCAAUUCCGGCAGCUUACCCACCCGCGUCGGUAGCGUGCAUAGCCAAACAGUCUCAGGCAUAUCGACAGCUUCGGACGAGAAACAAGCGAAAGCUGCAUCAUCCACCGACAUUCGUUUUUUGCAACUCAAGAAGUGGCUUGCAGUAAAUGGGGCAGAUCUCGAUGUUGACGGACUUGCGAUAAGGAGUCAUGCCGAGUCCGCUUAUGAGCCCGUCACGGGGGUGAAGGGGGAAAGAUAUCUCACAGCUCUUCGUCACUACCCACGCGAUGCCGUUAUUGCAUCUGUUCCUUCUCACCUUCACUUCACAACUGAAGCCCUUGAGGAGCUUCUUACCUCCCUGAUUGGUGCCAGGCACACGAGCAGCGAUGCAGUUAGUUCAGCAAAAGAAACGGCCUUGUGGAAAGAAGAAGACGAGCCGGAUGCCUCAGAGACAGAAUCAACUCUUUUUUACUUUGGCCAAAUGAAGAAAGAUGCGAAAAUUCGCCUGUCGUUCAUGCUGGCUGCAUUCCAGGAGUUGGGGGAGGCUGAGGUGAUCACCUCGCCGCUGAAUUCAUCUAUUUCUUCUUCUCAUUUCUCUGUUCUUAUUCAAGGGUGGCUCGCCUACUUGCGUCUUUUACCGCCUCCCCUCCCCUCAAUUCCUCUCUUCUGGAAAGCAGAAGAACUGCAGGCUCUCAACCAUCCUAUUUGCCACGCCGUCUUUGCUCGGUUGCGGUGUCUGUACACCGCGUUCCGCUCCCACGGUCAUUUGCUGCGAGCCCCCCUUUCGGCCUUAGGCCAGAAAGGGGGGACCCCUGAAGAGGCCCGUGAAGGGGCUUCUGGGGCAUCUUUGGAUGAGGAGACGCAACUCUUUCAGCGACUUGUUGCGGCUCAUGCAACAGUCAGCAGCAGAUGUCUUAACUUCUCUAAAGACAGCUGCGCGUUUGUUCCCCUCGUUGAUUUGUGUGCGCAUGCAAUGGACAGCCCCAACGCGAAGCUGCAGUUUAAGGCAGACAGCGGCAGGCGCUGCAGCUGCAAGCAAACAGCAGCUGACGGCAAACUGAAGCAAGAGAAAACAAACAGCAUCAACAAGGAAGAGACAGCGGAGAGCCCCAGAACAUGCGCCGCAUGCAGAGGUGCUGGGGUGUCUGUACAGCUCGUUGCACUGAGAGAUAUCGCCCCAGGCGAACCAAUUCAAAUUUCAUUUGGAGAUAAACUCGAUAACCCGACGCUCCUCCUCAACUACGGAUUACUCCCCAAAGACAACCCCCACGAGAAAAUAGCAAUAGAGUUCUCUCCUGGUCGGGUGUACGUGGCGUUGCGGUCAGUGGGGGCGGAGGUGUUGAUGCUGACAGAAGAUUAUAACUUUUUAGGAAAAAGUGCAGUUAAGGCUCUGACGGAUCUUCGCAUCAUUCCCCCGAGGUGUACAGACACCUCAACUUCGUACGGCGAAUGCCAACCGACCGUCUUCGUUACAAACGCUGCAGGGCCCGAUGAACGUUUAUUAUCUGCUGCUGAGGUCGUGACGAAGAAUCAAGAUAUUUUCGAUGGCUCAGAAGACGCACCAAAACGUGCGGAGGAGCGAGCUAUUCGUUUCGUAAUAUCCUUUCUGCAGCAUGCAUUGUUUGAGCAGUUCAGCAAUACAACAAAAGCUGAAGACUCUAAAAUACUCCGAGACAGGCAAAUAUUGCGUCCCUCAACGAACCGUCUGGGCCUCGAGGAAAUAACAUAUUUGACACCGCAAAUGGAAACGGCAGUGCGUUUCCGAGAAAAAAGAAGAAAUGUGUUGAUAAAAGCCAUCGAAAUGAUGAACGAAUCGCUUAGAAAGAGCUUGACGAAGAAAUGA